GCGGACUGCAGCACUUCCUCGAGGCGUAGGGGGUUGAGCGCGCUCCGCGGGCACGCGCACGGAGGGGAAGUGGAAGACGGAAGAAAGGAGGCAGAAUAAACUUGUCAACUAAGUGACUGGAUCCACUCACAGCCACAGAACAUGGUUCCACCGGGUCGGACACUUGUUUCCACCUGAACCCAGGCCGCCAACCCCCCGCUGUGUCGACCCCCAGUCCCCGCUGCCCCCCCUCGCCCGGCGGACUCCGGCAGUUUUCAAACAGAUUUGCCCCAGCUACCCGUGGACGACCACCGUCACAAAGUCACAGCUAGCCGCCGCCGAAGUGCUGUGAUCCCCGCAGACUUGUGCUGAAGAGACCCACGACCAGCCGGUCAGCUCAGCGGGACUCUGGGUCCGGUCCUCGGCCAGGGAAAAGUUGUCCUCGGUGGUGGUGCUGGUGGUGGAGGAGCCGCGGCCGAGGCCUGCAGUCAGGAGGAGGCUGCAUGUGUGAAGCCCGCAGCUGGCGAGGAGCAACUCGAACAGAUAGCAGCUGAACACCCGGACCAACAUGUCGGCCCAGGCACAGAUGCGGGCGAUGCUCGACCAGCUCAUGGGGACGGGGAGAGACGGAGACUCCAUGCGGCAGAGAAUCAAAUUCAGUGACGAGCGGGUCUGCAAAAGUCAUCUUUUGGAUUCCUGUCCUCACGAUAUCCUGUCAGGCACCAGAAUGGACCUGGGGGAGUGCAUAAAAGUCCACGACCUGGCCCUCAGAGCAGACUACGAGAUUGCCUCCAAGGAUCAGGAGUACUUCUUUGAACUUGAUGCUGCUGAACACCUUCAGUCUUUUAUUGCAGACUGUGAUCGCAGGACCGAGCUGGCCAAGAAAAGACUAGCCGAGACACAGGAUGAGAUCAGUGCUGAAGUGGCUGCAAAGGCUGAACGUGUCCACGAGCUGAACGAGGAGAUCGGGAAGCUGCUGGCCCGGGCAGAGCAGCUCGGGAGUGAGGGGAACGUAGACGAAGCCCAGCAGCUGCUGGAAAAAGUGGAGAAGACCCGGGCCGCAAAGAAAGAAGCAGAGGAUGUGUACAGAAACUCAAUGCCUGCAUCCAGCUUUCAACAACAAAAACUACGUGUGUGCGAGGUGUGCUCUGCCUACCUGGGUCUCCACGACAAUGAUCGUCGUCUGGCGGACCACUUUGGUGGCAAACUGCACAUUGGCUUCAUUGAAAUUCGGGAGAAGCUAGAAAAGCUAAGGAAAGCAGUAGUAGAGAAGCAAGAAAGACUGCGAAUGAAAAGACGAGAGGAGCGUGAGCGAGAGGAUGAAAAAGAGCGACAGUGGGAGGUAGAGCGGGAGAAAGAAAGAGAAAAAGAGUGGGAAAAAGAAAGAGAAAAGGAGAAGGAGCGUAAGAGGUCAAGAUCUAGAAGUGGAGAGCGUUACAGGGAUGGUGGCAGCUCAUCUUCCCAUCGCUCAAGACGCCACCGCUCCUCUCAUUCCAGAGAAGAAGGUGGUGGUGAUAGGGAUAGGGAUCGAGAGAGGGAGAGGGAGCGAGAGAGAGAGCGGAAACAUCGACACAAAGAAAGGCAUCGCUCACGUUCCCACUCUCACAGACAAAAAAGGAAGAGAUCCUCCGCAGAUGGAUCAUCUAACACCCAGGACAGAGAGCGCUCGGUGUCCCAGGAGAGGUUGAGAGAGGGCCCAGGAGAGGGCUGGCGUCAGGACAAGCCAGAGCAAGGGGACUGGGAAGACAGGGGGAGGUCCAUCUCACCGGACACAACCAAGGCCAAGGAACGAGAAAGAUCCCUGUCGUUGGAGCGAGACCGGCGUUCCAGCUCCGGAGAGCGAGAGUCCGGGGAGAUAUGAACAGGAGGGGAGGCCUCCCCAGUCUUUGAUUAGGAUAUAUUGUCUAACAAAAAGAGCAUGGGAGCGAGUUGGUGUGAGUGAGUGUGUG